CGUGGGCUGCCCGCGUGAAAAGAGGGCGGCGGGGGGCGACCGCCGCGGCGGAGCCGCAGCUCAGCGGCGCCCGAGGGAGAGGAGGACCUGAGGGAGACCCCGCGCCCUCGCUCACUGCUAUGGACAGUACUAUUACACUGUGGCAGUUCCUCCUUCAGCUCCUUCAGGAGCCUCAGAACAAACAUAUGAUCUGCUGGACCUCGAGUGAUGGGGAAUUUAAGCUUUUGCAAGCAGAGGAGGUAGCUCGACUCUGGGGAAUCCGCAAGAACAAACCUAGCAUGAAUUAUGACAAACUAAGUCGAGCUCUCAGAUACUACUAUGUAAAGAAUAUCAUUAAAAAAGUGAAUGGUCAGAAGUUUGUGUACAAGUUUGUCUCUUACCCAGAGAUUUUGAACAUGGAUCCAAUGGCUGUGGGGAGGAUUGAAGGAGACUGUGAAACUUCAGGCUUCAAUGAAGUCAUCACCAAUUCAAAAGAUUUGGAGAAUGGAGGAAAAGAGAAGCCAUCUCAGCCAUGUGCCAAGACCUCUAGCCGCAAUGACUAUAUACAUUCUGGCCUCUACUCUUCAUUUACUCUCAAUUCUUUGAACUCUUCCAAUGUAAAGCUUUUCAAGUCUAUAAAAAUUGAGAAUCCGGCUGACAAACUGUCAGAAAAAAAAUCUCCCCAGGAACCAACACCUUCAGUCAUCAAAUUUGUGACAACACCCUCCAAAAAGUCAUCAGUUACACCUAUUCCUUCUACCAUUUCAGCUGGCCCAACUAUUUCUACAGCUUCAGAAGAAACCCUCCAAGCCUUGGAGACUCUAGUUCCUCAAAAAUUGUCUUCUCCAGAAACUCCACCUUCCAUACCCUAUAUUAUGACCACUUUUACCAGCACACCUCCUGUCUCUUCCAUAUCUCCCUCUUUGCAGGAUCCUUCCAGAUCACCUUCACCACCCUUGAGUCCUAAUGCAGACCUAGACAUUGACACAGACAUUGACUCAGUGGCUUCUCAGUCCGUGGGCCUCCCUCAGAACUUUUCAUUGGAGCUCAAAGACCAGGAGUUAGCACUUCUAGAGAAAGAAAGCACAAUUCAUUCAUCAAGGUCCAAGAAACCCAAAGGGCUAGAGCUGGCACCCACUCUGGUGAUCACAGGCAGUGAUCCAAGCCCCCUGGGAAUAUUGAGUCCCUCUCUCCCUACGGCUUCUCUCACUCCUGCACUUUUUUCACAGACUCCUAUCUUAUUGACACCAAGUCCCUUGCUCUCCAGUAUCCACUUUUGGAGCACUCUCAGUCCUGUUGCUCCUUUAAGUCCAGCCAGACUGCAAGGUGCUAACACCCUUUUCCAGUUUCCUUCUGUCCUGAACAGUCAUGGGUCAUUUACUCUGUCUAGCCUGGAUGGACCAUCCACACCUGGCCCCUUUUCUCCAGAUCUACAAAAAACAUAGCACAUGCACUUGUGGAAAGAGAAAUAAGAAAAAUAAAGAAGAAAUAGCUAUUCAGCAUGAUCAUAUUUAAAAUGCUGAUAACAGACUAUUGUGAUUUUUGCCAUUUCCAUUUAAAAUGCCUUUUCAGAGUUUUCUUUGAAUAGAACUCAAGUUGGGACUAUGUAUGGAAACGCCUUAAUUGGAGUCUAUAGACUCCACCUGUCCCUUUUACCUCUCCUUUUCUUUUUCCUCCUUCUUCAUUUUGGGUAAAAGGAGGUUUUUUUUUUCCUGCAGAAUACAGAGAUGGAAUAGUGUUUUGAUAUGAGCAGAUAAGAACAAAAAUUAUAUUUUGGCUACUGGGACAUGUUGGCAGGAAAAAGAUUUAUACUUGGAAUCGGUGAUUUCAAGAAACUGUCAGAUGGAUGAAACUGACCACAUCUUGAAAGACUUGGUGUCCUCUCUCACACCAGGAAGAAAACACUGUCAUUUAUAGCUGAUAAAUGGUAAUGGACAAAGAAACAUCCCUCCUUCAUACAGAAUGAGGUUUUAACAGCACUGCUGGGGAGACAAACAGUUCUGCAGUGAAUUGUAGUAUAUGUAAGCAACACAGAAAGAGGCAUCUAGUUUACAUUUCUUCAGGGUGAAUCUCUCAGUUACUAUAAGCCAUGUGUGAUCUUGUCUGAACCUGUCAACAGAGUAUGGAAUCCAAUUUUUCUGCUUCACCCUAAGGGGUGAGAGGGGAGGGGUCUCUUUAAACCUGAAGUGAUGGUUAUUGAUUUUUAAGACAAUGUUUGGAAGACUCUUUGAGAAGAUGGAACUCUGUAUCCAGCAUAGAAACAUUGACUUUGUUGUAGUCUGGGUAGUAUAUACACCCACUGAAUACAGUACCAUGGAAGAUGAAUAGGUUUUUGUGAGGAUGGUGCUGCAUUAUUGAAAACUUAGGACAUAUUUAGUUAAGACUCCUAAUUGAGCAACCUGAAAGGACAUUUGUGGCUUUUUCAGUCAAGAAGAUACCCAAAGUACAGGACCCGUUUCUGUUUGUAGUAACUCAGGUUCUGCUGUGCAUUUUUUUCUUAUUCCUUUUAAAAUUUGAAAUUGUAAUAUUUUUGAAGCUAUAAGAAAAAAGGUGAAAAGUGAAGUCCUCAAAAUCACCCAGUGAGGUAAAGAAGUACUUAUUUUGUAGGAAUAUUUUUAUCUUAAUAGGUGGGGAGUUUACUUGAGAAUACUAUGCUAUGUUUCAUUUUGGAGUUGUUCAAAUAAUGAGAAAUGCAGGCUUUCAUCUCAGUCAUUGAACUUGGUUUAAUUUGUCAAACAUUAGCCAUGUGGUAGAAAUCAUUUCCUGUCCGUGUGAGGUGAAUGUAGCUUCUCUGAAUUCAAGAAACUGGACAGAGGCCAACAUCUUAGUUGGGGAGUGUGUUGAUAUUUUUGGCCUGGAAGUCUAGAUUCAGAUAACCUCCCCAGAUUGAAUUUCUCUUUCAGUGCUAGAGAUAUCAUAAGAUCAUAUCACACUGAUUAAAUGGGAUGAGGCAGAACUUGCAUGCUUUCUGCUUGUGCUGGGGAUAAACAAAGGAUUCCAGAUGACAAUAAGUCAACUCAGCACCUUCCAGCUGCACAAAAUUCACUUUAAAUUUGUUUUUAUACUGUACAGAGAUUCUUAUGUAUGAGAUUUUAAUUAGACAAAAGUAGCUGGCUACAUAAUUUUGAUAUAGAUUGUAUUCAUAGUAACUCAUGUAACCAGAAGUCUCAAGAUUUUGUAACAUUACUUGCUUGCCCAAUUUUGGUGUGGAAUGGUGUCUUUCUGUUCUAAAAGUCUCUUUUUCUCUGCCUAGUGGAUCAAAUUGAAUAUGUUGCUUGAUUGACUGGGAGUGGAGGAAAAGGAUUAUAUUCAGGGAACUGCCUUCAUAUAUUUUGAAGUUUUGGAGGUAUGUUGCUGGCUCAUAUGAGGAACCCAUCCAUUCCUGAGAUGUGCAAUAGCAAUGCUGAAAGGUUACUGUAGGUAGUAACAAGGAGCAAUCAUUUGGAAUAUUUAGUUUGCACAUCUCUUUGAAAAUUAAACCUCCCAUAGCACUUUCUGAGCUAGUGUUAUUAGUAUGAUUACUGUUUUAUACUUUGUAAUAAGAAGAUGCUGGGGUGUUCAAGUUACCUGGGAAUUUUAAAAUUGUUAAGCGCACUAAAGAAAAAUUUAUUUUCAUGAAUUAACAGAGGAAUCAAGCCAUUGGAUAGUUUUCCAAGAUCACAUCUUUGGUCUCUGUGUAUUUCCUGUCUUUCAGGAUAGGGAUAUCAGGGAACUAGAUGGCACUAUUAAAGGCAGCUUAAUGGAAACCAGUUUUAUCUGUUUUCCUUAAAUAUAUCUGUCCCUGCAACCUUCGAGAAGUAUGUAGCCAUACCUGGUUGAUUGUGAUCUGCUUUCUCUUCAUGAGAUCAUCUUUAUUUAAGGGAAGAUGGUGAUUCUUUCAUCAUUGGGAAUCUUACUAUUUUAAAAAAUGAGAUGUUUCUAGCUGUAACUCAUCUGAACAAGGUUGGCAUAAUCAUCUUGUUCCUAACCUACCUCUUUUAGGCAAAGACUCAGUAUCAGAAUCUUUAGAAAAUCUAGAGAUACUUAUCAGAAAGUCAGCAUCCCAUUUAGGAUCAAUAGUCAUUGAGAAGACUGAUACAGAUGGCUAUUCAUUAUAUGUGAUUAAUUAUCCAUCAUGUUACUGGGAUGAAUGUUGUUAGGCAACAAUAGCCUAAAUGAAAGAAGGAAAGCCAGUUGAACUGGGCAGUAGGAGUUCAGCUGUCAGACUGACUUUAUCUUUUUUUUUGCCAUCUGACCCAUAUUUGUAACAAAUUUCUCAUCAUUUCUCAAAAUAUUCUUCCUCAUUAAAGAUAUUAUGCUGCCUUCUAUUCAAAAUUAAAUCAUAGUUUGUUGUUAGUUAUCUUUAUUCUUUAAAAUGAUGUAUUACAGUGAUUUGAGGUUGGUGGCAUAUAUAAUAGGAUGAAAACUUCCACUAAUUUAUUUUACAUAAUCCUGGAAUUACAAAGGACAGCUCAUGAUCAUUUUGCCUGUUCUCCAUUCUUCAAAUAAAACUAUAUCCAAACCACAUAAAACAGAUAUUCAAUACAUUUUUAAAGCAUUUCAGGGAAGGAGGUUUGGCAGGUUUCUGAAAUAUUUUUAGACAAUCUGUAUACUGUAUAGUAUUCCUUUGGCACCACCUAAGGGUUAGGACCUUUGAUUUCUGGUGCCAUGUCCAGAGUUCUUUGUGGUUAUUUGCUUCCUGGGAUAAUUUGAUUCUGGGGGAGGUGGAUACUGUAAUAUUUGCUUUUUAGGACUGUUGGUUCAGUACUUUCACAAUACCUAAUCAAAUCCAGGAAGUUUUCCUUAAUUCUAGAAGGAAAAGUAAAUUCAGCAGCCUCAGAAAUACAUGUAGGGAAUAUUGGAGAAUUUACUUGAGUUUAACUGGAAAAACCCUUUAAGGGCCUAGGCCUAUAUGUGUGCUGCCGUUUUAGAGAGCAAGAAUUCAGAGCUCACUUGUAGGCUCUACUUAUUAGUUUUUCCAUACAUUUUCAGUAAGACUUAGGAAAAAACAGAAUCCUAGCAUUUCAGAACUUCAACUCUACAGGGUAGCAUCACUUCAUUUAUGUGCCCAUCCAGUUUUGAAUGAUGAUGUGUUGCCCAACAAUGUUGCUUCUUGCUGAUAUUGAAGCACUGGUUUCCUGAUUCUGUAUUCUGAUAAUAAACUGUUUGUGCAGUUUAAUCACACUCAUAGACAUUUGUGCAGUAUUGUCCUUUAAUAUAUUACUUCCAAGUUAAGCCUUGAAAAAAUCAUGUAUGCUUUUUAUUAUAUAGGGGGAUGGAUUAUUCUUAUAUUAAGUUUUUUCUUUUAUGCAGACAUCUCCAUCACAUUUGGAAUUUUGUACAUGAGUGUGCCAUUAACUUCCAUGAAAAAAUAUUCUCUCUUGAAAGUUGCCAAAUAAAAAGGCCCAAAUGAACUAGAUAAAUUUAAAUGGGCAAUUGACAGUUUAUGUCUGCAUUCCCCUCUCCCCCCACUAUUAACCAUGUGACUAUAAUUUCCAUUUAACUGCUAUUUCUAUAAAUUAUUUUUAGUUUUUAUGUAAUCAUUUUACUUCAAAAUUCAGGACUACUUCAAAUUAUUUUGCUGUAUACUUAUUUUUAUCCUUCAUUGGAAGAUUUUGUUUGGCGAUAAGAAAACAUUUUGGGGGUUCUAAAAGGAUGUUUUUAGGGAUAGGUUUAUGCUGUUUAUCAAUCAUUUCCAAUCUGAUUUGUUUCCAUUUCUCCUUUUGCCCUUUGUUGAAUGAUAAAUUAAGUUUUGCACUAUAGAAUUGUGCUUUCUGAAGUGCCAUUUUAUUAUAUAUUCAGAACAUUAUAUAUAUAAAAAAAAUUAACAGGAGUGGCAAGACUUCAUCUCUGUUAGUUGAAAAAAAAAAGCCCCAGAUGAAUAUCAAGACCAGUAGAAAAGCAGAAAGAGUGCAGAUAGUCUUCUAUUUAGGAAUUAUAAUUCAAAGGUUAUAGAAUAGUUUGAUAAGAGUUAAUUUUUCCAUCCAUAAUAGCUUUAAAUGAAUUACAGAUUAACAUUAGUUUUUUUUUUUCUUCUAGCCAAUGAAUUGGUUGGACCAUAAGCAUUUUUUUUAAAAAGCAUCUUGAAACAUAUGCCUGCUUAGUUUUGUAUCCAAAAUAGGUUGUGUGGGUGGUUGUUUUUCAAAUGUUACUUGUACUUCCUAAAACAAAAGUACCCUACUCUGCCUCUUAGGUUAUCAGAACCCCCCACUAAAGCUUUUGCACCUUGAAAUCUACAAUUCUUGUGGGUGGCUAGUAAUCAAAGAAAAGGGACAGUUUUGACUUGAUUUUAGAUAUAUUGGGUAAUAGCCUUUUGGUAAGAAAGUCUUGUUUUGGCUUGCAAACUGAGCACAUUUGAGAUAACUGAUAUAAAAUAAACAUUCCCCUUAGAGCUAUCUUUUUUUUCCCCCCAGAGCUACCUUUUUUAAAAAAAUAUUUUAAGAAAGAGAUCAGCAAUCUGCCAGAACAUUGUUGUAGAUGAGGUAUUAACAUUAAUACUUAACAUUUGGAAAAUGAUUUAUGAGAGGGGGAAUAUUGACUUUAAUUUAGGCAUUCUACAAAGACCAGGAAAUUCAAACUUCUGUUAAAAUUUUUAAUGAAAUUUUUAAACUAGAAUAUUCAUGGAAAAGUGCUCAAACAUGUUAAAUGAUAGGGACUCUGGUUCCCUAGGGAUGAUACACAUCUGAUAGUUUUGUCAGAGUUUUGAAAAUUUAUUUUUAAAUAUUUAAUUGAGACUGGAACAUUUCCUUCAAGUUAUUCUGACAUAUUGGCUAAAUAUGUAUAUAAACCUAUAUAUAUACAUAUAUAUAAAAUCUAUUUUUCAGAGGGAUAUAUAUUAUUCAUCCCUUAAACUGGGGUGGUUCCUAGGCUAUAUAUUUUAUACUAAAACUAAAGUUUUGCUGUACUUUGAAGUUAUAUCACUUUUUAAAGUUUAAUGCCUUGCACAUUUCAAUUUCUUAUUUUAAAAAAUUUCAGUAAGUACAAAGUUAUAGGCCUUAAUAUGGACUAUUGCUUGCUAACUUAAAAAAAAAAAACUCAGUGCUAUUAUGACAUGUAAUUUUGAAAAAAAAUCAUCUUAUUCUCUGGUCUGUUAUAUUGGUAUAAGAUUGGGCAAACAGGAUUUUUAAACAAUAGUUUUCAUUUACUUUUGCUUUUCUGUUGACUGUUCAUCAGGUUGCUUACUGCAUAAUUAUAGGAGUUUAUACUGAAAUAACUAUUCUUAAAAUACAGAAAUGUAAAUAUGGAUUGAAUGACUAGGAGUUGGCCUUUGUUGUCCGAUUUAACCCUUUGAACAAUCAUUGUCAGUGAAAGGAGAAAUGCUGGAGUAGGAAACUAUCUUGGGAUGAGUGCUGUUCCCAAUCUUCCUUAUCUUGACCGUUCAGGUAACAGGGCUCUGCGAGGGUUUUGUUAGGACAGAUUUAGGAUCUUUUAAAUUGGGGGUGACCUAAAGCUGGGCCAGAACUCUAGCAAACUAAUAACAAUGUGAUUGGAUUACAGGAGUAGAUUGCUCUUUACUUGCCGAUGAAAAUCUAUUUUUGUUAUGCACCAUUAUUAGCACUGUUUUCAUAACUGGAAGCACUUAACUUUUUGUUUUGAUUUUUAAUUUUCAGCUGAAGGUUUUAGAGAAUCAGGAAGUGGAUAUUACUAUUUUAUAUUUUCUGGAAUUUGUACUGUUUGGGAGGGGGGCAAAUGGAUUCACAAAAAUUGAUUAUUCUAUUAGGCUUUCUGAGGUGUUGUAUUUUGGCUAGAAUGUUUUUAAAUAUACAAGCUCUUAAAAUUGUGCUGUAUAGAAUAUGAUUUUUAUGAUUAGCUAUUGAUGGAUUGCACAAAAUUUUGUAAUGUAUCAGGUUUCAAGUUUCUUCUCUGUGUAACCAUUAUUACUUUGUUGUUCAUUGUGGUGUGGAGGGAAAUUGUGUCCCUUCUAAAAACAUUUCAUAUAUAUUUUUGUUUAUUGGUGCAGUGUUACCAGAUGGCCUUAUGUAUAUUACAUUUAUUGCUUUUGUGAUACAGUAGCAUAUUUUAUGUACUCUGCUGUACAUAUUAGUGAAUCUGUCUGUGAGAUGCAUUUCUAAAAGAUAGCAAAUAAAUUGAUAUCUUUAAUUCUUGAUUAUUCAAAGAUUGUUUAUUAUUAGUAUAAAUCCUAUAUCCAAUCUACAACUGAUUCUUUACCUUCUGCCUUUGGACAAUUUCACCUAUUUUGGCUAGAGGAAAUUAAACAGAUGAACUCCUAAGUUAAUUUUGAUACCUAUUGGCUUAAGAAUUUGGUUUGAGAUUGAUGCUAUUCAUUAAAAUGGGGUUUUAACAUUUCUUAUUUCAAUAUUUUAGCUUUAUAUCUCUUGCCUCUUAUUCCAACACAAAGUUCAAAAAAAAAAAUAAGGCUGUCUAGAGAUUUACUUUGUGAAAAACAAACUAAAUUUUCAAUGGUCCUUGUAUUGUUGGGUCAGCUAAAGUGUACUUCUCUGUCUAUGAAAAGUAUCUGUUUACAAGAGACAGUUGGGACAGAGUAGUUCAUGGAGAAUAAUUUUAAUGUUAGCUCUUUGGAAAUUACAUUGGUUGAGCUAUUUUAGUGUUGGUGAUACAUGCGAUUAUAUCUUUGAUGAGACUAAGAACUUAAAAUUAACUGAAACUAAACAGUUUUGCAUUCUUGGAUUUCAGUCACCCAGUCCAUAGAGUGGUUUAAAAAAAGCAAAAAAAAAAAAAGAAAACGUAUCUACUUGUGAAAGUUUUACUCUGUAAACACUGACAGGUUUUACAUAAGAGAAGAUGCAUAAUUUUAGAAAUAGUUCAUAGUUUGGGAUACGUGAUAAUGAAAAAUUGUCAGAGUGCUUUCUUUAUACUUAAAUCCACUUAACUGGGAACAGUUGAUUCUUUGUAAUUUUUUUCCUUGUUCAUUUUAUUGAAAUUGUACUUAAUAUUUAGUAUCUAUUGCCAUUGUAAACAACAUUGUGUUGCUGGUGUGUAAUACAAGUACAUGUGUAGUAAAACAAAACAAAAAAAGGUAGAUAACUAUUGAAAUGUUGAUUAAUCCCUGGUCUUUAUUAAUCCCAGUACAAUUUACAUUAAAGAGACCUUCAGUGUUACAACAUGAAAAGGGUUGGAAACUGCAAAAAAUAUUAGUACUGAUGAUGCCACAAGAGAGAAACUGCCAUAUCUUCUGGCUGAGCAGCACUGAUGCACGGUGGGGAAAUAAUAAAGGGAUGAUCUUCAAAGUUCGUUAGAGCUAUUGGGCAGCUAGAAUUCAGAAUUUUUAUGUUUAAACAUAGCAAAGAAAAGCACAAGGAUAAGAUCAAUGAAGAAAAGUUUGUGUUUGCACUUAGAGGGCUUUAAAGCACUCUGCUUUUAAAAGAAAAAAGUAUCAUUGAUAAUCAGUGCAUCUCCAACUCUUGUGAGGGGCUGCCCUGAAUAAUCAGAGGAUUUUUUUAAUAAAUUGAUUAAGUUCUGUGCACGCACAUAUGCAUGCGUGCAUAUAUAUAUAUACAUACAUGCUAUAAUGGCAAUGUGCAUCUUUUUAAAAAAAAAAAUUUUAGAAGACUAUUUUGUGUAAGAACUGACAGAGGGAUUUGCUUUGUAUAAUGCAAGCUGGCUUUAAAAAGCAUUGUAGCAAAUUUAUUCAAGUCAAAAGUCAUGCAUAUAUGUUAAUAGUUAUAUGUGCAACCAGACAUGCAAAACAAUUGUAUUUUUUUAAUAAAUAUUUUUAACAAAA